AUGCCUGACCUGAAAGCCUGGUUUUACCCUUUACACAUCCAGCUUGCUGAACUUGCCUUACUCCUUGGUUUUGCUAGUCAAGAGUGUCUUGCUUUCCAUGACAUUUCCCCUCAAGCACCAACACAUUUUCUGGUGAUACCUAAGAAGCAUAUAUCCCAGAUUUCUGUAGCAGAAGAUGACGACGAAAGUCUUCUUGGACAUUUAAUGAUUGUUGGCAAGAAAUGUGCUGCUGAUCUGGGCCUGAAGAAGGGUUAUCGAAUGGUGGUGAAUGAAGGCUCAGAUGGGGGACAGUCUGUGUAUCAUGUUCAUCUUCAUGUUCUCGGAGGUCGGCAGAUGAAUUGGCCUCCUGGUUAAGCAUGAUUUAGGGAUAAUUUUCCCUACUCUAGGCAGUGAUCAGUUUUGCAAGUUCUAAUGUGCUGAACAAUACACUUAUUUUUGCCUGUGUAUGGAGAAAUUGAGGAAAUAAUUUCUAAGACCGUAAUAAUAAAAGUCAUUGCUGCAUGUUCUGAA